AUGGGAAAGUUUGAAAAUGCCAAUCAAACAACACAGAACACAGAAAUAAGUCAGGAAAUGUUGAAUGAGACUCAGAGAAUAACAAAUCAAAACUUAGGAAAUAAUAAAAGUGUUAGAAAAAAUACUGAUGAAGAAUUGAACCGUGUUGAAAUCGAAAAUGUGACCACAGGAAAACAUAGAUUCAUAGAUUCAAAAGAAAUAAUAGUAAAGCCUAUACCAGAAUACCUUCAAGAUCGAAAAAAUCAGCCUGUAAAGGAAAAGCGAAGAAAAGGAAAAAAACAGCGCAAUAAGCGAAAGAAGACGAAGAGAAACAAGACGCUGAGUCAAUCAGAAGACGGUAAAACGACCCGAAAAUUGCAAAAUAUUGACUAUUCUACAGAAAAUGCAAUUACUGAUAUAAUAACGUUAGUUAAACAAAAAUAUGAAAACCAAAUAAGUACUGAAAGUACCAAAGAUGAUGGGGAGAAAUUCUCAGAAAAAUUUGAGAUGGAAACCAAAGAACAACAGAAAAUAACGUCUGACAAGGAAGGUGGAGUAACAGACGGCAAUCAGUACUGGUCAGUAGAUCAUGGAGAAAAUGUAACUGCUCAUCAUAAAGAGAUAGAGACAGACCAAUCCAACGAGGACGAAUUGAAUGAAACAACAAAAUUAAGGAGUGAAAAACAAAGCGAAAACCAAAAAGAAAUGCUGAAUGGGAAAGUUACUGAAGACAUUGAAACAAACAACCGACGAAUAGAACAGAAGUCGAAGAAAUCGAAAAUAUUGGUGACACAACAAUGA